CCACUAUGCCUAUCUCUUUCUCUCUCUCUCUCUUUGUCCUCAGCUUAUUAUUUCACCCUCCACAUUUUUAACCCACCCACACAAACAACAAAUAACACAUACAGACAUACUCUCUCCCUCUCUCUCUCAGUAUAAAUCAUCCCUCACUGCUUCCAAGACAUCUCUAUUCUCUCUCUCAAUUCCCUGAAUCUUCUAUCCCCCAAGUCUCUAACUUUAAACCCCCAUUUGUCUCAUUCUAAAAAACACAAAAAAUCUAUCUCUCACUCCCACAAAAACAAGAAGAAGCUAAGUACCUAACAAGUAACUAGAAAUGCCAUCGGAGACAAGUGAAGGAAAAGCGGUUACGAGGGUCCACCAGAGUUUGGGCCACCCACCACCACCGCAGGCGCAACCGCUACCAUGUCCUCGCUGCGACUCGACCUCCACCAAGUUCUGCUACUACAACAACUACAACCUCUCUCAGCCUCGCCACUUCUGCAAGUCGUGCCGGCGUUACUGGACCCAAGGUGGCACCCUCCGCAACGUCCCCGUUGGUGGUGGGACCCGCAAGGCUGCCAUGACUAAGCGCUCUCGCUCCGCCACGUGUUCCUCUUCUACUUCUUCCUCUUCGUCUUCUUCCUCCACUCUUACCAACAGCAACGACGCCGUUUUAGGGAACCCUGCUGCUACUGCUGCUGCUGCUGCUUCGGGUCUUCACGCUGAGAACAUGGAUUUGGGUGGUGGGAGCUUCAAUUUCUUGCUGAACUCGCAAGGUCCCAGCUUGUUGGGCCUGAGUGGGUAUGGGCUUGGGCUUGGGCCCAUACCCGGGUACGAUGAGAUGGGGUUCGGGUUGGGAAGAGGGAGCUGGACAUUCCCUGAAGUCGGUGACUUUGGCGGUGGUGGGAGUGGCAAUGGUGCCGACGUGGCCUCUAUGGGGUUCAACACGUGGCAGAUGAAUGGUGCUGAAGCUGGUGGACUAGCUGAUUCUGCUGCAGCUGCAGGGGAUUCCAUCCCUGGCCAGGGUUUGAAGUGAUCCAUUAAUUAAAUUACUUUUUAAUAGUAAUGCUUGUUUUUAGUUUUACCAUUUUCCAGGGAAAUGGUUUUUCAUUUCACCUUGUUUUUCGGUUUUUUUUUUCUUUUUUCUUUUUUUGGUGAAUGGUGGUGGGAUUUUGAAAUACUAGGGAAAAGUGGUAUUUGUGGGGUUUCACUUUCAGUCGCUUUCUUUUGUGGGUCAGUGUUUGGUUGGAGGGGUAUAGAUAGACUGGUAUAGGGUUACAUAGAGAAUGACUAGGAUGAAAGAGUACCUGUGGGAUACUGAUUCCUUGGUCUUAAUUAGUUAGUGCUCUCUCUUUUUCGUUUUUGUUUUUCAUGGUUAUGUAAAAAAUCUUUGGGUUUUGUCUUUGGACAAAUUGGUGGAAGCAAAUGGACAAGGAAACCUUUUUGGGGAGUUUUUUUUA